CGCCAUCCCUGCCUGCCUUCUCCGGUGCACGAGGGACCCCGGCUCGCCUGUCUUCCUGCCCCAUGGAGCAGCAGCAGCAGCAGCAGCCAAGGGCCUCCCCCGGGCCCCCUUGACCUGGAGCGCUGCCCCCCCCCUCCUCCUCCUCCACAGCCCGUAACACCGGGCGCCUGGGUGUUUUGCCUCGCCUCAGUUCCCCCACCUGGGCCCUCCUUGCCCACCCCUCUGCCAUGGCCGGCUUUCCUCUGGAGGAGCAGAAACGCUGGGCGGCAAACAUCACCCGCGUCCUCUCCCUGUACGGCUUCAUCACGGACGCCUACAUCAUAGAGUUUUUCACAGAUAACCUGUGGGGCAGCCUUCCCCAUUCCUGGCAAGCAGCCCUGGCUGACCUUUCGUCCCCACAGCUGGCUGCCCUCUUGCUGGAGAACGGAGGCUCCACGGAAGUCAGUUACAGCUCCGUGUGGCCGCUCUCCCUCCUGGCCUUCAGGGCCACCGCUCACUCCUUGGCCUUCCCUAGAAGACCCAGCGGCCAGGCGGGGCCCUCGCGGGGGGACAGGAGGCCAGAGGAGUUCCGGGAGAACCCGUGGCAGAGCUCCCAACUUCACCCCGUCUUCCGGAAGCACGUCAAGCCCAAGAAGCAGCAUGAAAUCCAGAAGCUCGGGCAGGUGGUGAAACAGCUGAGCGACAUCACCGGGUGCCGCCAUGUCAUCGACGUGGGCUCUGGCCAGGGCCACCUCUCCCGCUUCCUGGCCUUCGGCCUCCAUUUGUCGGUCACGGCUGUGGAAGGAGACCGCCGCCUUGUCGGAGAGGCCACCAAAUUCGACCUAGAGCUGCUUCAGGCCCUGGAGAAAGAGCGAGCCAAGCGGCCGCAGACCCCAAACGGCAUCUCCCUCCAGGGGCCAAGCCAUGUGGUGGGCUGGAUCGACCCCAGGGCCCCGUGGCAAGACUUCCUGCGCGUGCUUCAGCCCGGGGAGGACGAGGAGGGUAGCCCCACGGUGGGCAGUGCUACACCGGAGCUCUCCGGGACAGGUGGAACCCUCCGCUCCGGCUUCCCUAGGGGGGAUGGCGAGAAGGCCCACCUGCCCCGCCAGGGAGAAGAAGCCACGGCGAGAGAGCGGGACUCUGGGGCAGAGGAGAUCCCAGCCCCCCUGGACCCCCCAGCUGGAAGGCGGCAGCGGCUGCUGCUCACAGGGCUGCACGCCUGCGGGGACCUGAGCGUGGCCCUCCUCCGGCAGUUUGUGCGCUGCCCCCACGUGGUGGGCCUCACUUCUGUGGCUUGCUGCUAUAUGAAGCUGACCACAGAGGAGGCCUCCACGCUGCCUGGCCCUGGCUCCCUCCCGCAGCGCCCUGCGGAGUACGGCUACCCCUUGAGCGCCUGGGUGUCCGGGCUGCCCGGCCACCGGCUCUCCUACAAGGCCCGGGAAGGGGCCUGCCACGCCCUCGAGGACUACGCCCUGCGGCUCCGGCACCAGAGCGCCACCUUGAGGACGCACGGCCUCCGUGCCGUGCUGGAGACGGCGAUACGGGCCGCGGACCCAGCCAAGAAACGCCUCGGGGUGCAGACCGUCCACAAGGCCCACGAGCUGCCCUUUGAAGAGUACGCCCGCCUGGGCCUGGAGCGUCUCGGGAUGAGCCCCAAGGUGGCCCUGGACCCGGCUCGGCUGGAGGCCAUGUUGGCCCGGCAGCACCAGGUGGUGGCCUUCUUCAGCCUGGCCCUGCUGCUGGCUCCCCUGGUGGAGACCCUCAUCCUGCUCGACCGGAUGAUCUACCUGCAGGAGGAAGGUUUCCAGUGUGAGCUGCUCCCACUGUUCGACCCCACCUUCUCCCCCAGGAAUCUUGUGCUGGUGGCGGCAAAGGCGGAGCUGAGCUCCGUGCUCUCAGGCUUGGCAGCGAGAAACCCCGAACAGGCGCUUUCCUGGCACCAAACCGACGAUGCCCAGGUGAGGCCGGGGCCCUGCCUGUGCCCCUCCGCAGCUUCUGAAAGGGAGCCGGAGAGCAGCGACGCAGAGGGGGCAAAAGCCGUGGGACACGGGGCAGUCGGGCCCAGCAGGGCGGCCGCCGUAGACAGAGCCGCUCCUCAAAACGCAAGCGAGGCUAGGGGCGAAGUCGGGCCUUCGGGGUAAGGACCGCACGCGGGGUUUGGUGAAAUACCCCCAGGUGUAAAAAUCCUCCAUAAGCGAGCCCCCAGCACGGAGAAAGAGGCUUCAAGAUGCGGCAGGGGUGGAAACGUCACGGCACGAGAAAGAGCUAUGAACCACACAAGAGAGAGGCUUCGAAGACCCUUUAUAAAUCAGUCAGUCCCGUCUGAAGCUGCAGCCCAAGGCCAGGCCAGGCCCGGGUCCUCAGGAGGGCAGGGAGUCAUUGGCCGGCCGGAGGCAUUCCGCGG